AUGGCGGAGCCAAGUAAAGAAAUUCCAACCGACCCCGCCAUCGCAGCUGGAGGCGCCCCAGCUACCGGUGAAGACCCCGCACAGCCCUCUAAGAAAGGAGCCAAAAAAGCAGAAGCCAAAGCCAAGAAGGAAGCAGAAAAAGCACGCAAAGCCGCCGAGCAAGCUGCUAAGCAAGCUGCCGCUGGAUCUGCUGCUGCUGAAGAUCUUGCGAAAGAUAAUUACGGACAAAUUAAACACACCACUAAGAUUGAAGCCGAAAGUGUACAUCUGAGGGAGAUUGGAGAACAACAUAUCGGCAAGACAAUCAAGGUUCGCGCAUGGAUUCAAAACGCAAGAAUGCAAGGAGCGAAGAUGGCAUUUGUGGAGUUAAGAGAAGAGGGUAACUGGACAGUCCAAGGAGUUGUGAGUGCCAGCGCGGAGGGCAAGCCAGUCAGUAAACAAAUGGUCAAAUGGAUUGGAGGGUUAAAGUUGGAGAGUUUUGUUGCGGUUGAGGCUGUUGUGCAGAAGCCAUUGGAGCCCGUUAAAAGCACAAAGGUUUCGAACUUCGAAUUGCAUCUCGGAAAGGUUUACUUAGUAGCUACUGCGCCCGAAAUGUUGGGCUUAGGAUUGGGACCAGCGAGCAGAGCUGUAGGAAAGUUGGAUGAGGAGGAAGAUCUCAGUGAAGCUGCUGCCGGUCUUAGUGUCACAGAGGGCACUCCAACAGCUAGUCUGGCAUCCCACCUUAACAACCCCGCUAUGCACAAACGAGCACCUGUCAGCCAAGCUAUCGCUGAUAUUCGAAUCGCUGUUGAGGAUUACUUCUGCGACUAUCUAAGAAGCCAUCGUUUCAAAAAGUUUCAUCCUCCUUGUUUGAUCGGAGCUGCUUCUGAAGGCGGUGCAAACGUUUUCAGAAUGCCAUACUUCGAUAAAGAAGCUUAUCUCGCCCAAUCUCCACAAUUCUACAAACAAUUCGAAAUCGCCGGAGGCCGAAAGAGAGUCUACUGUGUUGGACCUGUUUUCCGUGCAGAAAAUUCGAAUACUCCAAGACACAUGACUGAGUUCAUUGGUCUUGAUUUGGAGAUGGAAAUUGAGGAACAUUAUCACGAAGUCUUGCACAUGCUUGAAGGUGUCCUUCUCUUCAUUUUCCGUAACCUUGCCGAAAACUACCGUGAAGAAAUUGAGCUUAUCCGCUCCAUUUACCCAUCCGAAGAAUUCCUUCUUCCCGAACCUGGCAAGGAAGUCCGUCUUACUUUUGCCGAAGGUCAAAAACUCCUUCGUGAAGAAGGGCCCGAAGAGUUCAGAAACGUCACCGACACUGAAGACAUGAGCACACCUCAAGAAAAGGCUCUCGGAGCACUCGUUCGUAAGAAGUUUAACACUGAUUUCUAUGUUCUUGACAAAUUCCCAGUCGACGCUCGUCCAUUCUACGCGAUGCCAGAUCCCGAGAACCCUGCCGUCACUAACGCCUAUGAUUUCAUGAUGCGUGGACAAGAAAUUUUAAGUGGUGGUCAACGAUUACAUUUGCCAGAGCAACUGGAGGAGGUGAUCAGAUCAAAGGGCUUGGACCCCAACCAACCUGGUAUCAAAGAAUAUGUAGAUGUGUUUAAGAGUGUCGGUGUGCCUCCUCACGGUGGUGGAGGAAUUGGUCUGGAUAGAGUUGUGGCUUGGUAUCUGAAUUUGCCGAGUGUGCAUUUGGUUUGCGAUUACCCAAGAACACCAAAGAGAUUAAGUCCUUAGAUUUGACUUUUGAAGAACAUCAGAGUUGAGAAUGAUAUAUUUUUUGAAGACACAAAAGGUUCAUCAAACUUGGAAUCAAUUUAUACGCUUCCUAUUGCCAACGCGUGACGAUAGCCUGGAAGUAUCAACUGAAUCAUCUUCGGCAUGGAACAUGAUAAACAGGCCACAGCAAGAAGCAACAAGAGCACAGGAAUUCUUGAGUAAAGAAGAAAUUGAUGAACAGCUCAAAAAAAUCCAUUAGGCAUACCGGACCUCGGGUGUAGUCAAUAAGUGCAGGUACUAAUUUGAGAAGCGCUCUUGUGUUCGUUCAGCAUUUCAAUGUUAUAAUAUAUUCUGAAAGCCCAAUUUGUUAUUAGUAUGGUGGAGGAAAUUAAGGAAUCGUGAUUCGAAAUUGAGAAUCUGCAAGAACAUAAGCUUUCCAAUCAUGCUGUUUUCACCGAUUCAAUUACAAAUUGAUGAUCGCAUCAUUUUUGAGAAG